AUUAUCCAAACAAUGACAUGAGAGUAAAUAGUACAGAUGGAAUAUCACCUGAUAACAGUACAGAUGAACCAUUUACCAACAGUACUUUAGGUACCAGCAUACCUGUUAAUAAAUUCCCAUGGCAAAUAGUUGGUCCUAUAAUAGGGAGUGUUGUCUUAUCUCUGUUUAUCAUUCUAAUUGUUUAUUGCUGUUAUAAAAAGCAGAAGAAAGCAAGAAAAGCAAAAAUAAUUGGUAAUAAUGACAAUCAAUAUCGGCAAAUUCCUCAGCCAUCCAGGUCAGAAAAUGCCAACGGCAACGUCAGAUUCUAUGAAGAUCCUGAAAGGAAUGAAGAACCUGCUGGUAUAAUACCCCAUCACCCCAGGUCAGAAAGUGCCAAUGGCAACGUCAGAUCCUAUGAAGAUCCUGAAAGGAAUAAAGAAACUGCUGGGAUAACACCCCAUCACCCCAGGUCAGAAAAUGCCAACGGCAACGUCAGAUCCUAUGAAGAUCCUGAAAGGAAUAAAGAAACUGCUGGGAUAACACUCCAUCACCCCAGGUCAGAAAAUGCCAAUGGCAACGUCAGAUCCCAAGAAGAUCCUGAAAGGAAUGAAGAAACUGCUGGCAUAACACCCCAGCAAGGAGAAAUUGUUGGGAUAACAAACUCACUUGAUUAUAUAUAUGAUGAAGAAAAGAAGAAGGCAAGAGCUGAGUCAGCAGGAAGUGCUAAUAAUAAUGGGGUUCAACAUCAACACCUUCAGCAACCCAGUUCAGAAUAUGCCAACAGUAAGAAAAAGAAUGGUAAAGAUCCUGAAAGGGAAGAAGAAGGAUUGACACCAGUCGAUAAAUCUUUGAUUAGACUUGAAAACUUGAACUUGACACAGCYAGACGACCUUAAUUAUUGUUGAAGAUUAAAGAAAAUACAAAUGCUGGUUUUGCUAUUUAGAGUGGGACAAUCGAAAGCCCGAAGAUCGAAAAAAACCCAGUGAAAAACCCUAGAAGCACAGGACAGAAUCAACAAGCAACUCUACUUUUAUGUUAUUAUUUAUUUUCUUGUAUAGCACAUUUUUAAAUCCAUGAAAAUGAUCAAAAUAUUAAAUCGCUGUACAAAAUUAAGACUAAAAUUAAUAUAGAUAUAUACCUCCCCGCCUACUCACCUACUCACAUACGAGACCAAGACCGGCAGGACUCAAACCUGCCGGUCACACCUCAUGUAGUCAGAGGCUUGUGCUCUGACCGCUAAUGCCACCUGUGCUUGCUAUAAUGCAGGGAUAUAUUUUUCAAUUUGUUCCUCAUCAAACUAUAA